UAGACACUUGUUUGUGAUUGCCAUUAUUCUUCGGAGCUCAUCAUCUCCUGAAGUUGAAACUGUUCAAUCAUGGCUGCAAAACUUGAGGGUGGAGCUUAUCUCUCUUCCUUUGUUGAUGCUGUUUUGAAGAAGCUGUCUUUACUCGAUGUCAACUCAACUCCAAUGGCAAGGAAGCUAGCUGACCAGGACUUGCUGCAGAGGCUGAAGCUAAGUCUCCGUUCAGUUCGACCUGUUCUCGAUGAUGCUGAGCAGAAGCUGAUCAGAAAUGACCAAGAAGUCAAGAAAUGGCUUCUUGAUCUCCAAGAUGCUCUCUACAUGGCUGAUGACUUGCUUGAUAAAAUCUCCACUAAAGCUGCCACUGCCACUCCCACUCAAAGGGAUCCAGGUAACUAUUCUUCCAUGUGUCACUCCAUCGUUGAUUCAAUAUUGGAAGAUAGUGAUGAUGAUGAUUAUGAGAUGGGGGUAGCUGACCUGGUUGAUAAACUAGAGUCUAUUGUUGAAGAGAAAAAUGGUCUUGGUCUAAAAGAUGAGCCUGUCAGAGAUCUAGAGGACAUGUCAUGGAGAAUUGAGUCAUCUCUGGUUGAAAGUUCUGAGAUAUUUGGAAGGGACAAUGAUAAGGAAGCCAUCAUAAAAUUGUUGUUAGAUGAUACUUGUAAUGCUAAAAUAUCUGUGAUCCCUAUUGUGGGAAUGGGAGGAGUAGGAAAAACUACCUUAGCUCAGUUGGUUUACAAUGAUAAAAGCGUGGAUGAAAAAUUUGCCAUUAAAGCAUGGGUGUGUGUUUCCGACCAAUUUGACAUUGUUAAGGUUACAAAGACCUUAAUAGAAGCAGCAGGUGGUAGUUCUUAUAAUGGGAAUGCUUUAGAUUUACUUCAAACUGAGUUGAAGGAUAAGUUGAAGGGGAGGAAAUUCUUGAUUGUUUUGGAUGACAUGUGGAUUGAUAAUUCUUAUUCCAGGCAGUGGAAAACCCUUCAGAAACCUUUUCAAUUUGGAAAAGAAGGAAGCAAGGUUCUUGUUACAACUCGAAAUGAUACUACUGCUGAUGUAGUGAAAACUGUUUCAGCAUACAAGCUGAAUUUAUUGUCAGAGAGAGAUUGUUGGUCACUUUUUGUGAAAUGUGUAUCUCUUUCACCUGAAUCUAAGGAGUAUUCAACACUGGAACCUGUUGGUCGAGAACUUGUGAAAAAGUGCGAAGGGCCACCUUUGGCUGUAGAGUCGCUUGGUGCCUUGUUACGAACAAACUAUGAUGAAGAGCAUUGGGAUCGUGUAUUGAAAAGUGAGCUUUGGGAAGUUUUCGAAGAUCAAAAUGACGAGAUUAUUCCUGCAUUAAACAUGAGCUAUCAUUAUCUUCCUUCAAGUCUAAAGCGAUGCUUUGUUUAUUGUUCUUUGUUUCCGAAAGAUUGUCUAUUCAAGAAAGAUGUGUUGGUCUUGCUAUGGAUGGCAGAAGAACUUUUACAGCCAAAAGAAAAAAAGGAUCUAGAAGAAAUUGGUUUUGAAUAUUUCGAUCAAUUGGUUGCGAGAUCCUUUUUCCAUUCCUCUAGUACUUAUAACAACUUCUAUGUCAUUCAUGAUCUCAUUCAUGAUUUGGCAACAGCUCGCGCUGGAGAAUUCUACUUUAGAGCUGAAAAACUUGAAGAAAAUGUCGGGAUCAGCAAUAAAACUCGUCAUUUAUUGCACGACGCAGGAGGAAAUUAUCCCUUCUCACAAAUUGUGUCAGCUUGUGACAGGGUAAAAUAUACUAGGACAUUUCUUGAAAUAAAUUUGUCUCGAAAGGAUCCUUUCAAUAUGGAAAAUGCUCCUCAUAUCUUUUUAUCAGAGUUGAAGUGCUUAAGAGUUUUGUCAUUUAAUGCCUUUCCUCUUGAUUCAUUACCAGAUUCAAUAGGUAACUUGAUCCAUUUGCGAUAUUUGGAUCUCUUGAAUACACGAGUGGAGACAUUGCCUGAGGAAUUGUGUUGUUUGUACAAUCUCCAAACAUUGAAGAUGAAUAAUUGUCGACAUCUGAAGAAGCUACCAAGUAAUAUGCAAGAUCUUGUAAAUCUACGCCAUCUUGAUAUUAGAGGAGCUAGCAUUGAGGAGAUGCCGAAAGGAAUGAGCAAGUUGAAGGAUUUGCACUUCUUAAGUGACUAUAUUGUCGGCAAGGAUGCAGAUAAUAAUGGAGUUAAAGAACUAGGAGCACUUGCAAAUAUUCACGAGUCACUUCACAUUCACCAAUUAGAGAAUAUCAUGGAUGGUGCUCAAGCUUUGGAGGCAAGAAUUGCUGAUAAGAAGCACCUUAAGGGUCUGUAUUUGACAUGGUCCUACAGCCACAGCUAUAUUGAUGAUUCUCAAGAUAUACUGAAUAAUUUAAAGCCUCACAGAAACUUGAGAAAGCUAUCAAUCAAUGAGUACAAGGGUCUAACAUUUCCAGAUUGGUUUGGACAUUCUUCCUACAAAAAUAUGACCAAACUGUACUUGUAUGGCUGCAGCAACUGUUUAGAGCUUCCUUCACUUGGACAGCUACCCUCUUUGAAGCGCUUGCGGCUCUCCGACUUUAGAAAGCUACAACGCGUCGGUGCCAAAUUUUACAAAGAGGUUGGAUCUUCUUCUCAUGGGGCUGCCUUUCCGGUGCUUGAAAGUCUGAGUUUUUAUGGAAUGGAUUGUUGGGAGGAGUGGCUUUCAGUUUCAUCUGAGUUGGAUGCUUUUCCUCUGCUUAGGGAGCUUAGAGUGCGAAAUUGCCCUGCAUUAAGGGGAGAUUUGCCAAGUCAACUACCGGCUUUGCGAAGCCUUUGUAUUCAUCGAUGUGGUCAGCUUGACUUUUCUCUUCCAAGAGCUAAUGCACUGCUCGAGUUAUCAGUUGAAGGACCUCAGCAGGUGGAGGCUGUGUUGAAGGCCAUUGCACACAAUCAACUAGACUGUCUACAGUCUUUAAGCAUUGGAAGCUGUUGGUUGGCCACAUCAUUUCCAGUAGGUUCAAUGCCCUCUUCAUUGCAAAGCUUGGUAAUCAAUGGUUGCCCGUAUCUAGAGUUCCCAAUGCUGCAACAGCAGCACGAGUCGUUACAGUCGAUAUCAAUAUUUAACAGUUGUCAUUCACUCACUUCCUUCCCCUUGGCAAGCUUUCCGAAUCUCACCACACUCACUAUUUCAUCAUGUAUAAAUUUGAAGUCUCUUUUGGCAUCAGAUGCUGCUGCAUCAACUUCAAAUCUUCUCUCUUUAAGGGUCGAAUGCUGCCCGAGUUUGGGAUCUUUUCCCACACUAGAGAUGGUUGCACCCCAUCUAGAACAUCUCUCGCUUGGAGAAUGCCCGGAAAUUGAAUCCUUUUUUGAAGGGGGUUUGCCGCCUAACUUGAGAGAGCUUCAUAUCACCCAUUGUGAGAAACUGGUGAAGUACCUAGCAUCCAUGGACUUGCAUGAUCACUGUCUUAUCCGUCUUGACAUCCAACAUCCAUAUGAUAACAUCAAAUCCUUCCCCUUGAACGGUUCCCUGCCGGCCUCACUUGGGACUCUCAAUCUGCGAAACUUUCCGAGUCUAGAAAUCUUAGACUGCAAGGGACUUGACCAUCUCCAGAGCUUAUUGAUAGAACGUUGUCCCAGGAUGCAGGAUGUCGCAGGGGAAAGCUUUCCUGCCUCUCUGUCAAUGCUUUGCUUCAAUGGAUCUUCUUUGCUCAGGAAUCGGUUUCAGACGAAUGACAAGCUCAUUUUGUCCAAAAUGUCUCAUGUCCGAAACAUUAAUGUUGACGGUGCAUGGAUUUCUAAAGGAGAAUCCAGUUAGGCUGCAAUUAUGGGAUAAACCGGAAGGGUUCCGAUCGAUUGAGAGAGGUCCUAAUCAAUUCCAAUUCUUCUUUGAAAAUGAUCUUGACAUUUUCAGAAUUGAAAAAGGAUCUCCUUGACACUUUAAGAAUUAUAUCUUGCAUGUGAAAAGAUGGGUUGAAUCAGAUGAACAUGUCCAAAAAAGCAUUACUUAUUUUCCAAUCUGGAUCUGAUUUUGGGGUAUGUCUGUGUUGGGAAUAAGACACCAUUCCCCCUUGAGAAAAUACCUUUGACAGAGAAAUAAAUAGACACAAUCACAACACAAGAAUUUAACGUGGAAACUCCAAUUACCGGAGAAAAAACCACGGCCGUUGUCAAAUGACAAUCAGAGAAUAUCACUAUGUGAAAAUUGUUACAACACAUAGACUUCUUUCUCUCACUGGCACCCCAGUACACCCACACUCUCUCAAAGCAAAUAUCUAACUACACCUCACAACACUCUCUAAUCAAAGAGUACAGAGGAAAAGAAAAAUCAGAUACAAGCUUAAAGUGUUUCUGACUGGUGCAAAAACAAAUGGAGAACUUAGCCUCAUAUUUACAGCCUAGGCCACCCACUCCAUUUGCUAUCCUAAGCAAUGUGGGACUAAUUCAACCAAAUCCUAACAAUCUCCACCUUGAUUGAAAUAGUCACACAUCUUCAGCUUCCAUUGUCAACACCGAUAAUUCUUUGCUGCCAUUGUCUAUACCGACAAUCAUAGUUCAGAGAACUAUCAUACUCCACCAUGAAAGUAUACUCACUUGGAAUUAGACCACUCCAAGCAUUUCACCUUGGUACAGAUCGAAACCUUGCUGAAAAUUCAUGGUGCAACUUCCAAAUUGGCUUUUCCUGGAAGUUCUUCAGCCAUCGACCUAACUCCGCCACACACCUUGCAUCUCAACGCCAACCAAUGCCCGUGUGCAAUUGUGGACCCGAUUGCCACAACUUAUCCUUAUCCAUGGCAGUGCGGUAAUACCAUGAGGAUUCUUCUUGUCUUCUAGAGAACAUCAUCUUUCAUACCAGAGAUCUUCUCCUUCAACGCCUUGUGCAAACCUGAUUGUAUCAACACAUCCUUGACUUGUAUUUGCCACAAGCCAAAAUUGAUUCUUCCAUCAAAUUUCUCUAUUUCAAGCUUCACAGCACUUGAAUAUCCUGACAUUGUUGCAACCGUAUACUGGAAUAGUAUAACUCAACUGUGGACCGUGUACUAGGAAGGGUCCCCAGGAAAGAGAGGUGGGUCACAAUGGACACACUUAAAUACCAAGUCUUUCCUUAGCCAGAACCUUUCCAAACUGCACUCUCACAGUGUCACACUGCCUUCCAGCAACAACAACAGCAACCAAAUAUCAACCUCAAGCCACAGGACAAAAUUCUUUUCUGAUGUGGAAGGUCAGACUAGGCUGCAACCACAGAGCAUACUAAGAAUAAAUCCCACCGAACCGAAGCUCUGAUACCACUUGUUGGGAAUAAGACACCAUUCCCCCUUGAGAAAAUACCUUUGACAGAGAAAUAAAUGGACACAAUCACAACACAAGAAUUUAACGUGGAAACUCCAAUUACCGGAGAAAAAACCACGGCCGUUGUCAAAUGACAAUCAGAGAAUAUCACUAUGUGAAAAUUGUUACAACACAUAGACUUCUUUCUCUCACUGGCACCCCAGUACACCCACACUCUCUCAAAGCAAAUAUCUAACUACACCUCACAACACUCUCUAAUCAAAUAGUACAGAGGAAAAGAAAAAUCAGAUACAAGCUUAAAGUGUUUCUGACUGGUGCAAAAACAAAUGGAGAACUUAGCCUCAUAUUUAUAGCCUAGGCCACCCACUCCAUUUGCUAUCCUAAGCAAUGUGGGACUAAUUCAACCAAAUCCUAAUAGUUUGAGCAGGUCAAAACUACUCGGGUUGGAAAAAAACUUGGGGAGAAAAUUGGAGAGAUGAUAGACAUUGGUUUUUUCUCUAUUCGUGGAAGAGAAUCUCGAAUUC